GUCGUCUUUAUCUCAGCUUCUUUUUCGGAGGAAAACAAAGCCAGUUAACAUUGGAAGUCGGUAAAUUUGCAUUGGAGAUUAGGACCGCCGCUCGAAUUAUACCAAUAAACCAGACCAGCGAAGCCAUAUCUAGCGCAGUGGCAAGUUUGAAGGUACAACAGCUCUCCUAAUGAUACACCAGCAUUAAGACUACUCCGAUACUUCUUAAGGAUGGCUAGUUGUGGAGAGGUCGACCACUCUGUUGGCUCCCUUCCAUCCAGUAAGAAAGGUGGCAAUAGUGGCGGUGGAAGUGGGAACAGUGCAGAAUCAUCAUGCUCGGGCUCCAGCAAUUCAUCCCCAGCCCUGCCUGUACCAGAGUGUGCCAUCUGUCUGCAGAGCUGCGUCCACCCAGUCCAACUGCCAUGCCAUCACGUCUUCUGUUUCCUGUGUGUGAAGGGAGCCUCCUGGCAGAGCAAAAGAUGUGCUCUAUGCAGACAGGAAGUACCAGAUGACUUCCUGGAAAGGCCUACACUUCUCUCUCCGGAGGAGCUGAAAGCAUCGGCAGGAGGUCGGGGCGGGGCAACCAGUGAUCAUGCUUGGUAUUAUGAGGGCCGUAACGGUUGGUGGCAGUAUGAUGAACGAACCAGCCGCGAGCUGGAGGACGCUUUCUCCAAGGGCAAGAAGACAGCUGAAAUGCUGAUUGCUGGUUUUUUGUAUGUAGCCGACUUGGAGAACAUGGUGCAGUAUAGGCGCAAUGAGCACGGUCGUAGACGCAAGAUGAAGAGGGACAUUUUGGAUAUUCCCAAGAAGGGAGUGGCAGGACUGCGAUUGGACACUGAGGGAGUUACUGGGGCCAUGGGGGCAGCAAGCCGAGAAAACUCUGCUGAUGGAGCUGAUACCACAGUAGCAGGUGUACAGCAACAGGUUACAGGUAUCUCCUCUACUGUUACAGCACCUUCAGCUAAUGCUAGGCCUCCCACUUCCCUUGGAGGUCAGCCUGGCCCCAGUACUAGCCCCUCUCUGGAAGAUGCCCUCUCCCAGUUGCAAAUCAGCCCCAGGCCCACAACUUCUCAUGAGCGGUCUGAGGCAGGAGAAGGAGAGGAAGAGGAUGAGGAAGAGGAGGCCUCACCGUCCAGGUCCUCUGACCCUCACACCUCUGUGGAUGAGUCUGGCUCUGGCGACUGGAGUGAUGAUGAGGAAGAAGAGGAUGAAGAAGAGGAGGGGGGAGAUGGAGAGCGUGUUGAGCCCUGGGAGGACAGGCCACGGAGACAAAGACUGAAUCCAGAGGACAGAGCUCCUCCACGUGCAGAGUCCGCCUCCUCCCCUUCCUCAUCCAGUAGCAGUGGAAGGUCCAGAAUGCCUGAUGGCCAGUGUACAGUGACUGAAGUGUGAAGUAAUCAUUAAUACCAUCAUCACCAAAUGGCCAUGUUCCAUUCCAUUAAUUUAUUCCUCACUUUAUGCUGUUGUUCACUCAGUCGCAGAUCGGAUGUGGGUGGAUUGCUUGAUACAGUAGAAAUGAGGCACAACAGAUUCAGUAACAAAUAUAGCCAUGUUUUCCUCCAUUUUUGGUACCUCUUUUAUGGUUCACAGUGAUCUGAAUGUAUCUGUAUGAUCUGUUUCUAAGUCUCAUCCUAGAUAUAGCCAGUCGGCACAAGUUUGAUUUGAUGUUGUACUGGGAGACAACUUGGUAAACAGUCAAAUGGAUAAAAACUGUUGUUGUGAACCAUGAAAUCUCAGUUUUCUAUUCAGUACAUCAUGUGAAGGGGGUGUAUCAGCAAUAUUGUGGUGUUCAGCUAUCAUCACUCAACACUUGCAAUCACAGAUGUACAUUGAUUCUGUUCCUUUUAAAUCUGGAAAAGUAGAAGUUAAGGUAAAAGUGACUUGCCAACCUGCUUCUGCCAAACCUAGCUGUUCUUGUGUUUACUUUUCUUACCUAAUAAGGCUUAUGGGAGUCCCAGUCAGGUUUGUGACAUGCAGUGAAAUAAGGCAUAAUGAGGAUGUUACUCCUGGAAAUGGAACUGAGUCAUUAUUAUGGCUGCAUUCUAACCAUCUACAGUUUAACUCUCUCAGCUAACAUAGCGCACAGAAAUUGCCUUGUUAGAGCUCAAAUCAUAUGACUGCUCUUGCAGAGCACUUAAUCCUUGAUAACAUGUUCCCAGCCUCCACCCUGCCUACAUGUUUUCCUUCAGAUUUAACUGAUUAUGAACCCUUUCAUUCAAAAUUCUCAAACCUAACUGUUAACUUUUAGGAAAAUAUUCAAAUCAUUUAUCCAGAUAAAGACAGGAAACAGAAGUAAAUUAGUACUUAAGUUGUGUGGGUAUUUCAACUUCACGCUUAGUAAGCAUAGACAUUUAAUUCAGGAGUCCACAGAAUAUCUGGCUGCCUGAGAAGCUUUGUCAUUGAUUUCAAGUAACUUUUCUGAGACUAAAUUCUAGAAGAAUCUUGUUUUAAAUGAACGUGCAUAGCAGAAGUACAUAUCAGGUAUAUUUUAACCUUUCCCAGCUUUAAAGAAUUGGCAUUUUAAUGCAAAAUAUCAGUGUUCUGAUUUUAAAGCUGUUGAGGCCUCUAUAGCCUCAUUAAUAUUCUUAUUGUCCCUAAUUAAAGUAUUCUCAAUUGGUGUGUCUCUAAAGUUUAGUGAUUUGUGUGUGUUUAAAGAGAGAGUUAUUUAAACACUACUGGUUGGCAGGAUGUUGACAAUUGAUGUUUUUUGGAUUCAGUCUGAGUCAAUGUUUUAUUUUGUGUUUGUGCAUUUCUUACAGUUGUAAACUCUCAUGUAUGAUGUCUGAAGGAGUAAGAAUAAGGACAUGCUAUUGCUUUUGGCCACCCUGCAGAAAUUUCAGGUUCUGUUAUUUUUAUAUUUCUUACAUCAUCGGUUCAGUUUUAGACUUUCCUGAAGUUUGUGUAACCGUUUUUGCUUGGAAACUUUUUUUGUUUUGUUAUAUGGUUUGUAAUUUAAGAAUAAACUGUGUCAUUUCAUCAUCCUAAAGGGA